AUGCUGCGGCUGCUGGUGGCCAGCGCCUACAUCCCCAGGGCCACCGGCUCCGGACCUGGGGUACAUGUGUCUGCCCGCUUCAAAGGUGUCCCCAGGAGCACCCGAGUGGUGCCAGAGGAGCACAGUCCCAACUGGAAUGAGACGCUGGCAUGGCCGCUGGGCGUGCGUCCCCUGCACCCCAUGGCCACCAUCACCCUGCGUCUCCGGCACUGGGGCCAACCAGCACCCCAGGGGGACCUGGGUGCCACCGUGGUUUCACUAGACCGGUUGGUGGCCGACCCUGAGCUACCACUGGCUCUCAGUGACGUCCCACUGCUGGACCCCCAGGGACAGCCCACAGGAUGCACCAUCACCCUCUGUUGCUCCUACGUUCCCCAUGGCACGGCCAGAGAUGCUACAGUCCCUCUACAAGGACAGGUGCCACCACAGGCGGUGUCACCAGGGCCACCCCACCACCCCACCAAGCUCCCAGCAGGGAGUAAAGAGGAUUUCCAGGUACGAGUGAGGAUCAUCAAGGGCCACCAGCUCCAGGGAAAUGACAUCAAGCCUGUGGUGAGCGUCCUCAUCGGCCAGCACCGCUUCAGGACCAGGAUCCGGGUGGGGAACAGCCCCUACUACAACGAGGUGUUUUGCCAAAAUUUCCACCAGACGCCCACCCAGCUGGCGGCAGAGCCCAUCCACAUCCAGGUGCUGAACUCACGGGCCACCCGCGCCCAUGCUGUCAUUGGCAUCUUCCAGGUGAGGGACGGUGGCUUGAGCACACGGGUCACACCCCAGUUCAGCCACUCUCACCGCCUUUGCCAUCCUCACAGCUCAACGUCGGCACUGUCUACUGCGCACCGGGGCUACAUCCGUGUCAGCCUAGCCGUACUCCGCGCCGGCGAGACGGUGCAGGAGCAGGAGGAACCGGCAGAGGAUGAAGACGUGGAGGCCAACCUGCUGCAGCCACCACCAUGUGCUGCCACACUUCAGCUCCGCAUCUACCGUGCCGAGGACCUGCCGCAGGCGGAGCCGGCUCGGCUUCCCUUGGCGGUGCCGGGUGGUGGCAAGAGGGGCUUCGUGGCGGCAGCGGUGCGGGCCAGCUUUGCCGGCAGGACGCUCUGCACCCGGGUGAUGCCUCCCGACGCCAACCCCGUGUGGAAUGAAGUCUUCUUCUUCCCCCUGAGGCUGCCCCCCAUCUGUGAUGCGAUCCAGCUGGCCAUCCUCAGCGGCAGCAACGUCCUGGGUACCGCCAACCUCCACCUCUCCCACAUCUCCUCCGCUGGCGCAGAGCUUGAGGGGACCCCCGGCUUCUUACCCUGCUUCGGACCCAGCUUCCUCCCGUUCUAUGGCCCCCGGCCGGAUUCUGCCAGGACAUGUGGCACCGCUUAUCGGGGCCGGGUGCUGCUGGAACUCAGCACUCACAUGGCGACCCCAGACGGGCACCAGCGAGGCACCAUCGCCCCCGAGGACAUAGCCCAGGUGCAGCGCCACUUGCCCCGCCAUCAGUUCGGGCUCUGUGGGGUCUUUUAUUCAGCCACCAUGGUCCCAGCUGGCCCCGAGCUCCUGCGCUUUGAGAUCAGCAUUGGCAACUACGGGGACACUGGUGAUGUCACCUGCAAACCGUCUGCCUCCGUCACCCCACAUGGUUGUCCUGUCUUCGAUGGUAACCGCUACCACUACCUGCCAUGGUAUGGUGACAAGCCGGUGGUGGCUGUCACCUCCUCCUGGGAGGACACCAGUCACCGUUGGGAAACCCUAAAUGUCCUGCAAGCGCUGUGUCGGCGGCUGGAGAAGAAUGUGAAGGAGCUGCGGGGCGCACGCAGGGACAGUGAGGGGGACAUCGGCCGGAGGCUCCUGCGGGAGCUGGCUCAGGACUGCAGGCGAGCGCUGUCCCAGCUGGAGGCGCAGCCAACCCUGACUCCACUGGAUGCCCACUUGCGCACCGCGCGCUUUCAUCUCCUCCGGCACGUGGCAGCGGUGGCGGCAACACCACCGAGAUCGGGCUGGGACACGUUGCUGCUGGUGGCCGAGGGCUGGCUGUGCCGCGUGGCCGCCCUGGCUGUCGAGCCACAGGUGACCAUGCCCGACGUGCUGCUCUGGCUGCUGCGGGGCGAGCAGCGGGUGGCCUGCGCCCGCAUCCCUGCGUCCGACAUCAUCUUCUCCCAGAGUGGCCCCAGCGCUUGCGGCCAGCUCUGCGGACGGACCCAGACCCUCUUCUUGACACGCCGGGCAAAACCAGGCUGCCCCGCCACCAAGAUCCGACCCCCCCAAGGGCUGGCGCUGGAGUGGACCCUGGAAGGUGGAGCCGCAGCGGCGGGUGCUUGGAGAGAGGUCUACGAGAACGAGAGCCGACGGCUCAGCGGCGAGUGGGGACCUGCAGCCGUGUCCAGCACUGAUGCUAGCGGGUCAGCGGUGCCGCCCAAGGAGGAGGUGGAGUGUCCCAAGGCUGGCACAUCACCGACGGCUGGCGGUGGCCGUGGCCGGGGCCGUGGACGAGGCCGUUUGGCAGUACGGAGCGAGUGUGGCCCCCGGCACCCCCACCGUUGGCAUGGCACGCUGCCGAGAAGACCUACCACCGCACCGUCGCCGGCGCUGGCUGCGCACCCGCCACAGGAUCCCAGCACUCAUGGACCAGAGCAGGAUGUGGCCACCUUCCUCCAGCUGCGCCGCGUGGGUGACACGUGCCGGCGGCGGUGCUGGCACCGGGACAUGGUGCCCAGCCAGCCCCAGACCGUGGCACCCCUCUUCCUCCUGGAUGGCUCCCCGAGCGCGGAGGAUCUGGACGAGGAGGAUCAACCAGCUGAGACAGAGCAGCAGGCACGGGGCUCAUCCUGGACCCUCCUGCAGCAGUCGGCGCCCCUCAUCCUCUGCACCUUCCACAAGCCCAACUUCUUCCAGCUCCGCUGCUACAUCUUCCAGGCCCUGGAGCUGACACCUUGUGGCACCAAGGCCACCGCAGACCCUGUCGCCCAUGUCUCCUUCGUGCACGUCAGCCAGAGCACCCGGGUGCUGCCCGGCACCCUGGACCCGCUCUGGGACCAGACGCUACUUUUUCACCGGGUCCUGCUCUACGGGGACCCCCGGGGGGUCCGGGAUGAGCCCCCCGCCGUGGUGGUGGAGGUCUUUGACCAGGAUGGAAGGGGGGACGGUGGUUUCCUGGGGAGAGGCGUGUGCAUCCCAGAGGUUUGGCUGGACGUGGGGCGCCGGCAGCCCCCUCGGUCGUCGGCGGUUCCCUGCUGGAGGGGCCGGCCGCGGGGGCCGGCCGGGGAGCUUGCUAGGCCGCCUUUGAGCUGCUGCACGAUGCUAGAGGUGCUGGCAUGGGGGCUGCGGGGGCUGCGUGGUGGUGUGCGGGCGCCCAGCCUGGAGGUGCAGUGCGGGGGCCGGAUCCUGCAGACCCCAACCAUCACCGACUUUGGCACCAACCCCAACUUCCCCAUCAAUGCCUUCCUGCUGACACUGCUCCUGCCGACAGAGGAGGAGUUCAUGCCUCCCAUCCGGCUGCGGGUGCUGGACACGCGGAGCUUUGGGUACCGGCCUGAGGUGGGGCAGGCGUGCGUGCAGAGCCUGGGGCAGUACUGCUGCCAGCCCCACGGCGAGGGGAACCCCCCACCAGGCUCUGGCAGGACCCCACACAUGCACCACCUCCGGGAGAGUCUUUUUGCCCCUCUCCUCCCCAGCAGCUCCCGCUGGGGCAGGAUAGCUCAGAUGCUGCCCAGGAUCACCACCAAGAAGGGUUCUGCGGACAAGGCUGAGGAGGAGGAUGAAGAUGAGGAUGACUGGUGGAGCAAAUUCUACGCAGCCAUGGGGGGCACGGCAAAAAGCCGGCGGAGGACAAACAGGGACAGACUGAAGAUCUACAGCUGCGAGCUGGAGGCAGUGCCCGAAUGAGGGCUGCAGGAUUUCUGCCAGACUUUCCACUCUACCUGCCGGGACGUCCCCCCACAGCAGGCGAGGGACCCGUGCCCUGUGGGCGAGUUCAAGGGGCUCUUCCGUAUCUACCCACUGCCUGAGGACCCUGGGGUGGCUCCACCACCCCGCCACUUCCAGGAGCUGCCACCCAGACAACCCCAAAAGUGCCUUGUGAGGGUCUACAUCGUCCGGGCCUUCGACCUUCCUCCGCGUGACAGGAAUGGGCUGUGUGACCCCUACAUCCGCGUCUCGCUGGGGACGAUGACUGUGGGCCAGCGGGACCAGUACGUGCCCAACACCCUGGAGCCCGUUUUUGGCAGGCUGUUCGAGGUGACGGGCACCAUCCCGCUGCAGAAGGACCUGCGGGUCACCCUGGUGGACUAUGACCUCCUGCCACCUGACCAGGAGAUCGGCACCACCACCAUUGACCUGGAGAACCGCCUGCUGUCCCGCUUCCGCGCCCACUGCGGGCUGCCGGCUGUCUACCGCACUGAUGGCCCUGGCUGCUGGCGAGACCAGUUGCCCCCCAGUCAGGAACUGGAACGCUUCGCUCGCACCCGAGGGCUCCCAGCACCCGAGUUCAGCGCCGAGGGCACCACAGUCACCUUCGGGGACCAAACCUUCCUCCUCAGUCACUUUGAGAGCGGCCCCCCAACGCACCCUGGGGCCCCCCGUGAGCGCCUGGCCCUGCACGUGCUCCGUGCCUGCCACCUUGUCCCUGAGCACCUCGAAACCCGCACCCUCUACAACAGCACCCAGCCCGGGCUGGAGCAGGGCAAGGUGCAGAUGUGGGUGGACAUCUUCCCCGCGAGCCUUGGGCCCCCCGGCCCCCCUGUGGACAUCACCCCCCGCAAGCCCCAGAGGUACGAGCUGCGCUGCGUGGUCUGGAACACGCAGGACGUGGACCUGGUAGAUGUCAACAUGCUUGGAGAGCGAAUGAGCGACAUCUAUGUCACCGGGUGGCUGGAAGGAAUGGAGGAGCAGCGGCAGAGGACGGAUGUGCAUUACCGCUCGCUGCAAGGCGAAGGGAACUUCAACUGGCGUUUCGUCUUCUCCUUCGAGUACCUGGUGGCCGAGCAGCUCUGCGUUCUGCCCCGGAAGGAGCAUUUCUGGAGCCUGGACGAGACGGUGCUGAAGGUGCCCCCCAAACUCAUCCUCCAAGUGUGGGACAACGACAAGUUUUCAGCUGAUGAUUUUCUGGGCGUCCUGGAGCUGGAGCUCACAAGGCUGCCACAGCCAGCGCAGCGCCCCCAGGACUGCGCCGUAGCACCGCAGCGGACCCCCCAAAGCCGCUGGCGCUGCCGGGGGGCGCAGCUCCCCUCCCGGUUCUCCCUUUUCCACCAGAGACGGGUGAGGGGGUGGUGGCCCUGCAUCGUGCAGGAGGGCAACACACAUCGCCUCUCGGGUAAAUUAGAGCUGAGCCUGGAGGUGCUGACAGCGAAGGAGGCAGAAGAGCGGCCGGCGGGGAAAGGUCGAGAGGAUCCCAACAUGUACCCAACGCUCCUGCCACCCGUGCGGCCAGAGUCAUCCCUCCUGUGGCUGCAAGCUCCACUGCGCAUCCUGCGCUACAGCAUCUGGCGCCAACACCGCAGCCGCAUCUGCUUGCUGUUCGCCCUGGCAAUGCUCCUUGCUCUGCUUCUCACCUUCCUCUAUGCCACCCCGGGUUAUUUGGCCAUGAAGCUGGUUAAGCCUCUCCAGAGUUUGGACCUUGGCAGCGCUAAGCAUCCCCCAGCCGGCACGCUGUAAGCGUCGCCAUCCCCAGGGAGCACCGAGGAGAUUGACACACCGGCAUCACCUCUUUAAUAAAACUACAUCCAGGAACGGUCAAAGCCUCAUCCCCAGCUCCGUGGGCUGGGCUGGGGUGGCAAAAGAGGUACUGCAUUUUGGGGAGCCCUGUGGCACUGUGAUGCAGCUCGCUACGGUGCUCAACAGCAUCGGUUUGGGGAGGAAAUGCUGCAUUCAGGGGCACCAGAGCCCCAUGGCACUGGGACACGGCCACAGACUCCCUACAGUGCUCGACAGCACCGGCUUGCGGAGGAAAUGUUACUUCCAGGGGUUUUGAAGACCCACAGCACUAGGACGUGGCCACCUGACUCCAUACACCGCUUGACAGCACCAGUUCCAAGAGACCAGUUCCUGCUUCCAGGGGCCUCUAAGCCUCACGGCAACAGGACACAGCCCCAAACUCAUUAUGGCACCUGGGAUGCAGCCUCCAGCUGCCCCCUACAGCGCUCAACAGCACCAGCUGGGGAGGAAAUGCUACAUCAGGGGCUUUGAAGACCCACAGCACUCGGACAUGGCCGCCUGACUCCAUCCAGCACUUGACAGCAUCGGGUCUGGGAAAGAAAUGCUACAUCGAGAGACCUCAG